UCAAAUGAACAUUUCAGACGCUUCAUUUGCGAGACAACGCCCAAUACGGAUAGUAAUAGUUUUUACACCGAGUGUUCAGUGAGAUUAUGGUGAAAUAAGUGAAACAAAGAGUUCAGACAAAAAACAAAUAAUUUCGAAAAACGAAAUUCCUUCAAUUUAAUUGAAAGGAAGUGAAAGGAUUCUUAUACUCCCGUGUGUGUGUGUGAAUGUGUCGGUAAAAAUGAAGACUAGAAUUGGAUUCGCGUUUUUCCUUUGCUUAGUCGUAACAGUAGUUUUAGUUCAAGCACAAGAUGAUGCUACCGAUAUAACCGACAUAGUCGAUACAGAUGUGGAUGUGGUGAAAAGUGAUAUUGCUCAAAUAGAAGAUGUUAAACAGGAGGCGGACGAAGAACCGACCAAUGACGACUAUGAUGACGAAACGGAACCAGCCGAAGAUGCUCCAACGUCGGAAAUUGCACAGCCCGCUGUACAAACCGAGGAUGAAAUAAUCGAGGACCCCGUUGAGAGCAUUAAGGAAGUGGAAUCCGUUGAAGAAAUAACGACAAAUAACGAAGAGAAAGCGGCUGAAGCACCGAAACCAGCACCGAAAAGUCGGUCAGGAAAUUAUCAGUAUGACGAGUUCUACGGAAAUUUGGAUACUUUCAACACAGAUGGGGGAUUUAAUGGCGGCGGUGAUCCCAACUAUAAUUAUGAUCCAAUGAAUCGUGUAGCCCCAAACGAACCUCCGACUCAUCGUAACGAUGGUCAAGGCUACUCUAUAACUCCAGCACGACUAGCCGAACUUCGGCGACAUUUCUUAUACUGGUUCUUCGACCAAGGCGGCAAUGACAACAAUGGCGAUUACCAGAAGGACAUCCACGCAUCAAAUCCACAAGUGCACAAGAAUUUCAACUUCCAGUUGCCAUUUUUCGGAUUCCGAUUCAACUACACUAGAGUGUCGAUGCAUGGCUAUUUGGAAUUUUCCGAUCCACCCGAACAUUACACAUAUCCGCUAACGUUUCCGAUCAAAGAAUGGCCCCGACGCAACGAUCCAUCAUUCAUUGGCAUAUUCUUUUCAAAGUGUCGCAUCGGUAAAAUAUACCCAACCGAUUUCGAUCAACGGAUACCCGGCGUGUAUUUCAGACAAGAACGUGAUUUAAUGACCAGAACUGAUCGAUUCGGCGUUGAGGUUCGAGAACGUAUUAUGUGGGAUAUUCGCGAAGGAGUGGUUGGCGCUGACACCUUUAUUCCCAAACAUGUGGUUUUCCUUACGUGGAAGAAUAUGUCUUUUGCUGGAGGUAUCGACAUAUCACUUUAUAGGACAAACUCCUUCCAAAUGGUUUUGGCUACCGAUGAAGUGUACACGUAUGCAAUUUUAAAUUAUAUCACAAUUAAUUGGUCUUCACACACCGAAGCCGGUGGAGAUACGACUGGUGGUGAAGGUGGUGUUCCAGCAUACAUUGGAUUCAACGCUGGCAACGGAACGCAAGCAUACGAAUACAAACCGUACAGUCAGGCGUCUGUGUUGCGUGAUUUAACUGGUCGUGGAUGGGCUAACGGUUUUCCUGGCAGACACAUUUUCCGUAUAGAUGAACGGAUAAUGCUGGGAACAUGUAACAAAGACAUAGAUGCCGCUCACUUACCGUUGGUAUUUGCUCCCGAGUCAGGUAAUAUGUUAGGCGGUACAGUCGUUAAUAUCACCGGUCCAUGUUUCAAUACAAACGAACGUGUUCUCUGUAAAUUUGACACGGAAAGUGUCAUUGGUCAUGUGAUUGACCGAAAUCGUGCCAUUUGCGUUCAGCCGUUCUUGAUGGCCCAAGGAUAUAUUCGGUUUGAGAUUUCAAUCGGCACAGAGAAUUUCAAAUGGCGUGGACGUUACUUUGUUGAAACCCCAGCCACAGCCACCGAUAAAAUUUUCUUCGAAAAUGCUGAUGUCUAUCAAAGAUCACCUGCCGAAAUACGAAUUUCUUGGAACCGUUUCAAUUUAACAUCAAAUUUAAACGCUGGCAUCACCAUAUCAUUAUGGGGCUAUCGCGAAACUACCAUCCGUCCUCAAUUGGAGUUCAUUGACAAUCUGGAGUCUAGUAUGACCAACACGGGUGUGUAUGUUAUCAGUCCGGCUACCUAUCGCAAUCGUGACAACAAUGCUACCAGAGACAUGCAAUUCGGUUUCAUUCAGAUCAAUUUGACGAAUCCGGAACACUUUUCCGGUCUGAGAAUCAGUCCAACUUUAUGGUCGAAACCAAUUCCACUUGGAUGGUACUUCGGUCCGCAAUGGGAACGCAUUCACGGCCGUAACUGGCCUCGUGCACUGUGCGACAAUUGGCUGCGUAGCGAUCGUUUCCUUCGUAAUUUCGCCGCCAAUAUACCACUGUGUCCGUGCACACUUGAACAUGCCUUGUUAGACAAAGGACGCUUUAUGCCCGAUUUCGAAUGUGAUCGCGAUUACAAUCCGACUUGUUUGCAUCACAAGGGUGCCAUACAUUGUGUGCGAACGGGUCAACCGAAUCAUCAAGGUUCCGAACAGCAAUGUUGCUACGAUCGUAAUGGCUUCCUGAUGAUGUCCUAUGAUCAGAUGUGGGGCUCACGGCCCCGACGAAACCACAAUAUUGGUCAGAUGCCAUGGAACGAAGCCAAUAAAGUUCCCACUCUGUCCACAUGGUUCAACGACGUACGACCGUAUUAUUCAUGCUGUUACUGGCAAGAUGAACAGGCUGUUGGAUGCGAAACGUUCCGUUUCGAACGGCGACCAUCACAAGAUUGCGUUUCCUAUCAGGCACCGGGCGUUGGUGCGGCUUUUGGUGAUCCGCAUUUUAUGACCUUCGACAAUUUGCAGUACACGUUCAACGGAAUGGGUGAAUUCGUUUUGGUUCGAGUGAAUGAUGGCAAACAACGGCUGGACGUACAAGGCCGAUUUGAGCAAGUUCAUCGUAACGUUCAUGGACCGGUUAUGGCCACCCAAUUGACGUCGAUUGCGGCACGUGGCAAUGAGUCAACCAUUAUUGAAGUUAGAGUAAGGCCAAGACACGCCCAGUGGAGAUAUCGAUUGGACGUUUUCGCUGACGGUAGACGCAUCUAUUUCGAUCGGCCGAGUUUGAAAUUCCAGAGUUUCUUCGGCGUAACCGUCUACACUCCAACUUACAUUUUGAAUCAGUCAGAAGUUGUGAUUAUGUUUGCUUCCGGCGCUGGUGUUGAAGUUGUUGAAAAUUCAGGACACUUAACUGCACGAGUCUAUUUACCAUGGACGUUUAUUAAUAAAACGCGAGGUCUACUGGGUAAUUGGAGUUGGGAUAUGCAGGACGAUCUUGUAUUGCCUGACGGACGAGUGGUGCCGAUAAAUUUGAACAAUUUUGAAAGCGUUCACCGGGACUUUGCUAUGCAUUGGAUGUUAUCGGAUCGAGAACAGGUGGGGGUCGGAGCGGCAUUAUUCACAAGAGAAUUCGGUCGGCUGGCCAGCCACUUUGCCAAUGCGUCAUUCAUGCCGAACUUUAUCAGAGAGCCAAGAGACUUCUUACCGCCAAAUCGAUCACAUGACAUCGAACGGGCUACAGAACUGUGCGGUGAAAGUUAUCAGUGUCGGUACGAUUAUGGCAUGUCACUCGACAGGGAGAUGGCUCAUUUCACGAAAAAUUACUACGACAGUGCGGUCAACAUCCGAGAGACCAAUUUAAGACGCAUCCUAUCCUGUGGAAUAUUGGAAACGCCUCGAUUCGGUCGAAAAUCAAACUUUUUGUUCACACCCGGUUCAUCAGUUGCGUUCGAAUGUAACGAAGGAUUCGUGCUGAUCGGUGAUCCUCGUCGUACAUGCACUGCUGAAGGUCAAUGGGAUCCACCCGUUUACGGAUACACAAUUUGUCUACGCGAGGUCUUCUAUUCGCGUCGUGUUGCUUGGAUCUCAAUAGGCAUUAUUAUCGCGGUCAUUCUGCCAAUCAUAAUGUGUGUUGUCUGCGCCGUCUAUUGUUAUCGUAAAAAAGCUUUAAAGGAAGAUCCCACAUGGAAAAUGUCACUGCCACGCUCUCGGCUCGGUUCCCGUUCGACACUGCGCCAUCUCGGCGACGACGACGAGGACACGCUGAAGAAGAGCCGAUCAUACGACAAAGUUUAUCGAACCAACGAACCUCUCGAAGGCAAACCGAACAACGAAUUUCCGGAAAAGAAAUGGGAUCUCGAUGACGAGGACGUAACAUCAUCCGAUGGCAGUGAGUUUCCGUCGUCGAAAGUAGCUAGUGACAUUGAGUACAUAAAUCGGUCUGAUCCUCAACGCCAAACAGGUAGACGAAUGCAGCGAAUGGGAGCUGAUACGAUUGAAGAGGAACAAAGUCUACCGCCACCACCGCAGGAAUUAGCUAGCCCGACAUAUAGUCCCACGUACAGUGGACUGGAUCGGAACAGUAGUUUCGGACAGGAACAAUUAAGUCCACCUGCGCAACAGUACACGACACGGCCACCGAGCGGAGCCGUUCGCGUAAUGCCAAUGUCAAAUAAUAAAUUCUUUGGCGAAGGAUCAAUGUCACCGACAUCGGCCGGAUCACCAACGCCGAUCAUCAGCCAAGAAGUUGGUCUACCCAAAGCGAACACAAAAUCAACAGAAGUUUAACAUUUUUAACAAACAAAACAAACAAAUUGAAACCAAAUCUUCAAAUCGAUUGAACAGUUGAGACUAAGAAGAUGAUUUUUUUUGUUGUUUUAUAAUCCGUAGUUGUGUAGUCAUUUUGUUUUAGGUUUAUUUUUCAUUGGAAAAAUUUACAAAAAAAAUAUUUUUUACAAUUUCUUACCAUUUAUGAACAUUUCCACCACACGUUUCCAUUCAAUCCGUCAAUCAUUUAGAGAAUAAAAUCAAAAAAUCGAUUGUUUUCAUAGCUUGUAGAGCCCAUGACUUAAUGAUCACCAUUUUCAUUUUUUACAUUUAAACAAAACCAAGA